UUUUAUAUCCGGUACUGGUAGUUCGAAAUCAGGAACAUUUGUAGACUCCCUAAUAGAAGCAUAUGAGCACCACACACCAAUGGAAAACUUCAUCCUCUAUGAUGAGAUUGGCAGAGGGAGUAAAUCGGUGGUGUAUAAGGGGAGAAGGAAAGGAAGCAUUUACUUUGUGGCAAUAAUCUGCUGCGAAAAAUCAAAGAGAGCAGAAGUGACCAACCAUGUGCGACUGACCCACACCAUUAAACAUGAGAAUGUUGUUUCCUUCCAUGAGUGGUAUGAGACCAGCAACCAUCUCUGGCUGGUGGUGGAGCUUUGUACAGGGGGCUCUUUGGAGGCAGUCAUCUCUCAGGAUGAGUGUCUGUCUGAGGAUGUUGUGAGGGUUUUCGCUCUUGAUCUCGUCAAAGGCCUGAAACACAUCCAUGAUUGUGGCAUCAUUUGCUGUGACAUCACUCCUGCAAAGAUCUUGCUGGAUGGCCCCGGCACACUGAAGUACUCCAACUUCUGCCUUUCCAAAGCAUACGGAGAGAGCCUGGAGGACAUUGUUCGACGAGCUAUGAUGUCAGAGGAAGGAGGAGGAGGAGGAGGUGGAGGAGGGGGAGGAGGGGGAGGUGGUGGUGAGGGUGGAGAAUCCACACCUAGAAAAAAAUUCAAAAACCGAAUUCAAGGAUCUCCAGUGUACUGCGCACCAGAACUGGUGCAGGGAGAAGACUCUACUUUUGGCAGUGACCUCUGGUCCUUGGGGUGUAUACUGUAUGAGAUGUUCACAGGAAAGCCACCAUUUUAUUCUGAUAGUUUCUCAGACCUGAUUGAGCUCAUUCUACAUGAGGACGUUCCCUCCCCGAGGCAAAAGGGAACGACCGCCUGCAAGCCCACCUUGGAGUUUGAGGGCCUGCUGAAUGGACUGCUUCAGAAGGACCCUAAUAAGAGGAUGGACUGGGAUCAGCUACUCUCUCACUCCUUCUGGAAAGGAGCUUUUUGGGGGGAGCUGAGUGGUGAGAGUGAGGAGGCAUUGGACAACUCCAGUGGUAUGGAGCAGUGUGAGGUACCUCCCCCCAGCGAGGAGUCGCCAAGUGACCUCAUUACAGUGACCUCACAGGGAACAGGAGAGGUGCGGGAAGGGGCGGGACCAAUCAGACACAGCAGCCAAGCCCUCAGCAAGUCGUUUGGAUUAGGCAGCGUGGCUGAUAUCAGACCAAAGAGUGCACUCGAUGGCGAGGCCAGGGAGUCCAUUUUCCUCCUCAGCUCCCGGGCAACUCCCCGAACAAGUGCGGCUUCAAGAGAGACUGUACCAAAGACCAUCCAAACGCAGGGGAACAUGUUUGGACUCAGGGAUGUGACCUCCUGUGUAAAGGACCUGGUAUACACCGACAAUGACUUGAUCGUGACUCCCAUCAUCGACAACCCCAAGAUUAUGAAGUCACCUCCGGUGAAAUUUGACUCCAAAACAUUGAUUGUUCCUGCACACCCAGCUGACAGACUGUCGUCGAUGUGCGCCCAGGACUGGGGCGCCUUCGUGCAGCAGCUGUGCGGCGCUCUGGAGCCGGGCGAGAGGUCGGGCGGGACGGUGCGCUCCAAGCUCAACCUGCUGUGCUAUCUGUGCACCGUGGCCUGCCACAGGGACGCUGCCACCCGGCUGCUCAACUCCCCGCUGCUGCAUUUACUGACCCAGCACCUGCGUACGGCUCCAAAUUUGGAUGUGAAAGCCAAGGUGAUGCGUCUCAUUGGGCUUCUGGCCUCACACUGUGUGGAGCUGAAGAACGAUACCCCUGUCACAGAGGCCCUGCACGCCUUCACAGAGCUGGUGCGGGAGAACUUCCGGAACAGCAAGCUGAAGCAGUGCCUGCUGCCCGCCCUCGGGGAGCUGCUCUACCUCAUCGCCAGUCAGGAGGAGAAGAGAGAGAGCCCAGGAGGACUGUGGGCUGUUCCUGCCGCCGCCUACACCGUGUUAACCAGGUGCCUUCGGGAAGGGGAGGAGCUGGUGGUGCACCACAUGGCUGCCAAGAUUGUGGAGAACGUCUGCACAACAGUGUCCCAUCAUGCCCAGGGCUUCAUCACCGGCGAGAUCGGCCCUACGCUGUGGUACCUGUACACUCACUCCACUGUGGAUGCCCUGAGGGUCACUGCCAUAUCGGCCCUGUGCAGGAUCACCCGCCACUCCGCCAGCGCCUUCCAGAGCGUCAUCGACCAGGUGGGGCUGCCCGCCAUCCUGAGCAGCCUGGGGUCGGGCAUCGGCCGCGUGCAGCAGCAUAUGCUCACCAUGUUCGCCGCCAUGCUGUCGUCCAGCUCGCACCUGCAGCGCCUCGUCCAGGACAAGGACUUUGUGACCAGGAUGAUCCGCUCGUUGGAGAGUCCGUCCUGCAUGAUUCGAGGAAAGGCCUUCCUGGUUCUGGUUCAGGUUCUGAUGAACAACCGUGAGAUGCUGCUUUUCUGCUGUAACUCCAGGCUGGUGAUGUACAUUGAAAGAGACGUCCGAAAGGCCACACCGGGGAGGGAACAACAAAGCAGCAAUGAAUACCUGUCAAAAUGCCUGGACCUGCUCAUCCGUCACAUCGUGCAGGAGCUGCCGGGCAUUCUGGGUGACAUUUUAUCCGUGCUGGGGAACAUCGCGGGGCGCAAACAUCCAUCAACCAUUCAAGCUAAGCAGCUGAAGCAGUGCCUGCCAAUGAUGGGUGUGGUGCUACAUCUUCUCAGCUCACAGAUAUUCAGGCCGCAGGUGGUGACAGAGGAGUUUCUCAUAAAAUUUGGGGCACUCCUGCACCACAUCACAGCCAUAGACUCUUCCGGAACCAGCUUAGAGAGAGCUGUAGGGCAGACCGCCGCGGAGGAGCUGAUCAGGAGCACACUGUCGGCCGUGGAGGCCAUUACCCAGCAUCCCUCUGUGAUGACGCCUCAUCAGUCCGCUGUUGUGGAUUCCAUCCUGCCUCCUUUGACUUCACUGGCAUUUAGCAAAAAUGUGGAAUGGCGGAUCCUCAGCCUGAGGGUGCUCUCAGAAAUCACUCUGCUGUUGCUCAGCCAGGAGUCUCCGCAGGAGGGCAGGGCCUGUGCCUCAAACAGACUGCUGUCACUCAUCACUGAGGCCCUGCUUCCACAAUAUGAGUCUCUCCUUCUUGAACCUGAUCCAGUCCCAGUCUAUGCUGUGAAGCUCCUUGUGUCUCUUACAGAGCAUGACUCGCCUGUCAGCAAGCUCAUCGAGAAAAGCCCCCUGCUCCCUGCCAUCUUCCAGGUUAUCUCGGAGCACCAGGUGAACCCAAUGGGUGGCACCAUGCAGAAUGCUGUGGCUCUCCUCUGCAACCUGACUGGACACAGGGAUGCCAAUCUACAGCCUUUCUACCAGGAAGGGCUGGUGGAGCUGCUCCAGAGUGUGCUGGUAGAUGUGGGGGCUCUGUACCUGCUGGGUGAGGAGCAGGGCGGCCUCAAAGCCAGCUCGGAGCUCCUAUCCUUACUGGAGAUCCUGCAAUGCAUGCUGAGGAGCACCUCCACCGUGGUGCGGCAGGCCCUCCAGUCAGAGAAAGGAGAGGAUACCCAAGCUGCAGAGGGCCUCCUGCUUCUCAACAAGCCACUGACAGACCUCAUCAGCCUGCUCAUCGAGAUGUUGCCGAGCGGGGACCCGGAGGUGUACGAGGUGGCCAGUCAGUGCCUGUCCCUGCUGCUGCAACUGUACGCGGGGGACAGCCUGGACUCUCUGCGCCCCGGAAACAUCCGGAGCCUGAGCCGCGCGCUGGAGCAGCAGCCCCUCCCCAAACAGCAGCGGCUGCUCCUCAGGGUGGUGAAACGCCUCGUGGGUCCCGCCGUGUCCGCUCACACGAUCACCUGCAGGGGGAGCAGUGCUGAGGAGCUGGAGGAGGAGGUGCCUGAACUGGUGCAGGUCCUGCAGAGACUGGCUCAGUCGCACAGGUCCCACAGGGAACUCAACAACUCUUCACUUGCCACAGAAAUACUGAAAUGCAUCGGAUCCUAGAGGAGUCGAGCUAACCCAAGGACUUUGUUCUUCAGUGUAUAGUUAAUUUAUGCUAAACUUAUUUCAAAUGGUUGUAAUAAAUUUGUUUUUGGAUUA